AUGGCUACCUGUGAAAGGAAACUUGCUGUAAAUCAGACAUCAAGUCUUAGGGGCUUGGGAUUCCUUAGGUUAACAAAGGGUCAUGAUGUGGUGACUGUGACACCAUUGAAGGGAGGGGUCCAGCUGAGACACGCUGUAUUAGCAACUGAGACACCAUUGAAGGGAGGGGUCCGAGGGGUCCAGCUGAGACAAGCUGUAUUACCAGUGACCGAGACAUCAGGGGUCCAGCUGAGACAAGCUGUAUUACCAGUGACCGAGACAUCAGGGGUCCAGCUGAGACAUGCUGUAUUACCAGUGACCGAGACACCAUUGAAAGGAGGGGUCCAGCUGAGACAAGCUGUAUUACCAGUGACCGAGACAUCAGGGGUCCAGCUGAGACUUGCUGUAUUACCAGUGACUGUGACACCAUUGAAGGGAGGGGUCCAGCUGAGACAAGCUGUAUUACCAGUGACCGAGACAUCAGGGGUCCAGCUGAGACAAGCUGUAUUACCAGUGACCGAGACAUCAGGGGUCCAGCUGAGACAUGCUGUAUUACCAGUGACCGAGACACCAUUGAAAGGAGGGGUCCAGCUGAGACAAGCUGUAUUACCAGUGACCGAGACAUCAGGGGUCCAGCUGAGACUUACUGUAUUACCAGUAACCGAGACACCAUUGAAAGGAGGGGUCCAGCUGAGACAAGCUGUAUUACCAGUGACCGAGACAUCAGGGGUCCAGCUGAGACUUACUGUAUUACCAGUAACCGAGACACCAUUGAAGGGAGGGGUCCAGCUGAGACAUGCUGUAUUACCAGUGACCAAGACACCAUUGAAGGGAGGGGUCCAGCUGAGACUUGCUGUAUUACCAGUGACCGAGACAUCAGGGGUCCAGCUGGGACUUGCUGUAUUACCAGUGACCGAGACACAAUUGAAGGGAGGGGUACAGCUGAGACUUGCUGUAUUACCAGUCACCGAGACACCAUUGAAGGGAGGGAUACAGCUGAGACAUGCUGUAUUACCAGUGACCGCGACACCAUUGAAGGGAGGGGUCCAGCUGAGACUUGCUGUAUUACCAGUGAGCGUGACACCAUUGAAGGGAGGGGUCCAGCUGAGACAUGCUGUAUUACCAGUGACCGAGACACCAUUGAAGGGAGGGGUCCAGCUGAGACAUGCUGUAUUACCAGUGACCGAGACACCAUUGAAGGGAGGGGUCCAGCUGAGACUUGCUGUAUUACCAGUCACUGUGACACCAUUGAAGGGAGGGGUCCAGCUGAGACAUGCUGUAUUACCAGUGACCUUGACACCAUUGAAGGGAGGGGUCCAGCUGAGACUUGCUGUAUUACCAGUCACUGUGACACCAUUGAAGGGAGGGGUCCAGCUGAGACUUGGUGUAUUACCAGUGACCAAGACACCAUUGAAGGGAGGGGUCCAGCUGAGACUUGGUGUAUUACCAGUGACCAAGACACCAUUGAAGGGAGGGGUCCAGCUGAGACUUGCUGUAUUACCAGUGACCAAGACACCAUUGAAGGGAGGGGUCCAGCUGAGACAUGCUGUAUUACCAGUGACCGAGACACCAUUGAAGGGAGGGGUCCAGCUGAGACAUGCUGUAUUACCAGUGACCGAGACACCAUUGAAGGGAGGGGUCCAGCUGAGACUUGGUGUAUUACCAGUGACCAAGACACCAUUGAAGGGAGGGGUCCAGCUGAGACUUGGUGUAUUACCAGUGACCGAGACACCAUUGAAGGGAGGGGUCCAGCUGAGACAAGCUGUAUUACCAGUGACCGAGACACCAUUGAAGGGAGGGGUCCAGCUGAGACUUGGUGUAUUACCAGUGACCGAGACACCAUUGAAGGGAGGGGUCCAGCUGAGACAUGCUGUAUUACCAGUGACCGAGACACCAUUGAAGGAGGGGUCCAGCUGA